AUGGCGGCCCAAUGCGAGGAUAAAAUGGUGUUCCUUGAGACCGCAAUAAUCUUCAUCGUGGACGAUUAUGGAGCGAAACACGAGGCAAGGGCAUUACUCGAUUCAGGUUCGAUGUCCAAUUUCAUUUCGGAAUCACUGGCUCGGAAGCUAGUGACCCCUCGAACAAGGGUGGAUGUUUCUAUCUCUGGCAUCGGAAAGGCUAUACAGCAUGUGAAGGGUUCGAUCACUGCGUUUAUUCGAUCCAAUGAUCUACACUUCGCCACACCGUUGGAGUUCCUCAUCCUAGAAACACCAUCUGCGGACAUUCCCACUUCAGCAAUCGACGUGUCUUCGUGGAAUGUACCCAACGUACCACUCGCGGAUCCUACGUAUCACGUUCCAGGCAAGGUGGAUGUCGUCAUCGGUGGUGAUACGUUCUGGGAACUGCACACUGGGCCUAAACGUUCAUUGGGCGCGGGUAAGCCGUGGCUAGUGGAAACCCAAUUUGGCUGGGCUGUCGCCGGGAAUACUACGCAGUCAUCUCAUACCCCUCGUGUGUGUCACAUUGCAACGAAUGAUGGUCCCUUGGAUGCGCUGAUAGAACGUUUCUGGGAGAGCGAAACCAUCUCCGAUGAGCCCGCUCUAUCUGUAGAAGAAGAUACAAAUUAAUCUCGAAAACCCUGUAUAUGUGAGAAGCAUUUCAUGGGCAACACAACUCGAGACGAUACGGGAAGGUAUGUUGUUAGCUUACCACACAAAACUAAUGCUAGCAUCAUUUUAGGAGCCUCAAAGAAAAUUGCAGACCGUCGUCUUCUGUCGGUGGAACGGCGACUGAAAGACGAUCCUAAAAUGAGGGACGCAUGCGCGUCAUUCAUGGAAGAGUAUGAACGGUUGGGCCACAUGAUAAGACUCACGGAGCCAAUUGAUGAGUCGCAUCCACAUUAUUAUUUACCGCACCACGCUGUUGGAAAAGAGUCCAGCACGUCCACCAAGGUUCGCGUUGUGUUUGACGCGUCGUGCAAGACCAGUUCAGGAUAUUCGUUGAAUGAUUCACUGCUAGUUGGACCUGUCGUUCAACAAGACCUAUACACGUUAAUGCUUCGGUUUCGGUCACAUACUAUCGCGCUCACAGCGGACGUGGAGAAAAUGUACCGUCAAAUACGUCAUCACCCCGCGGAUAAAAAUUUCCUUCGCAUUCAGUAUAGAACGGAUCCUUCAGUGCCCAUAGCAACUUUCGAAUUACAAACCGUAACGUAUGGGACUGCAUCUGCUCCUUUCUUGGCCACACGGACUCUGAAGCAAAUUGCCCACGAUCAUAGCGAACAGUAUCCUCGCGCGGUGACACCAGUGCUUCGAGAUUUCUACGUGGAUGAUCUGUUGACGGGAACAGAUGACUUGUCAGAAGUGAUCGAAAUUCUUUGCACUGUUUUCUACUUACCUACGACUUCUUCGAACUACGGUUUACGUGCUGCGCUAUCUUCGCUGUUUGAAAGACAGCACAUCGUCGGCGUCAGCACGGCGCUUCGUCGAUUCAUCGCUCGCGGAGGCUUGAUUGCAGAAAUCUAUUCGGACAAUGCUACCAACUUUAAAAGGGCUGCACAUGAGCUGCAUCGUGUGUACCAGAUGCUAAAGUGCAGUGACGCCGAUCGUGACGAGAUUUUCAACUGGUGCGCGAACAAGGAAAUACGGUGGAAGUUCAUUCCACCACGGGCGCCACAUUUUGGUGGAUUGUGGGAGGCUGCGGUACGAUCGGCAAAGCAGCAUAACGUAGGAGGGCUGUUUGACACUGUUGGCCCAGGUUGA